CGAGAGGAAGUGCCAGCGCGAGGGUGCGUGAGGCGGCGCGGCCGGCGGCCGCCGCGUGCGCGAGCCGGGUUGCAGCCCAGCAGGGACUUUCCAGCCGGCGGCGGCGGCGGCGGCCGCCGGCCCUUCCCCGCCCCCCGACAUGGGGCUGCCCGGGGAGCUGGACGCUGCAGAAGGCGGCGGAGGAUGCGCGCGGCGCCCCUGAGCCGGCCGAACGGGCGGGCCUCGGGAUGAAUGACUGAUUCAUAGUCGGAGAGCUGCAGAGAGGCUGGAAGGCAGGCGGUUCUGGGAUCCAGCUGGGGCCGAAUGCACACCUUCCACCUUCGAUUAACACCAAAGGUCAGAGUGGGCUCCCCACGGGCGAGCCAUUAAAACGAUCCUUGCCGCGGGGCUUGCAGGUUUUGGAGGCGCCAGGCUAUGGCUCAUGUACGUUUCGCCACGUUUCUACACUGUCAUCACCACCGGUUGGGGACCCGGGUAUCAGGAUUAGACCUUUAGAGAGAAUUCUGCGUGGACAAUUCUUUACCUUUAAUUUAAAACGGCAACAACAUGCAAAUGGGUGAAGUGUUGUGGACGUGCUCUGAAAUCGAAGAAGCAUUCAGAUUAAUGAUCGGUUGAAGGAACUGAUUUUAUUUUCACGGCUUUUGUACUGAGCUUUGACUCAGUUUUGAGAAUGAAAUAGAAGGGUGUGUGUGUGUGUUACGUACACACAUUUGUACAGGGUCCCCAUUACUUGAAGGAUAAGGCUGGCACGGCUCCGACGUCUGUGUGGAAGCUUCUCCCUCCCUUCUGAGCUUCUCUAGACUCCUUACAGCGCACGGCACAGAAUUUCAGUUUCCUAAGAUGGAGUCAAGCAAAAAGAUGGAUGCUGCUGGCACACUGCAGCCUAACCCACCCCUAAAGCUGCAGCCUGAUCGCGGCGCAGGGUCCGUGCUCGUGCCGGAGCAAGGAGGCUACAAGGAGAAGUUUGUGAAGACGGUGGAAGACAAGUACAAGUGCGAGAAGUGCCGCCUGGUGCUGUGCAACCCGAAGCAGACGGAGUGUGGCCACCGGUUCUGCGAGAGCUGCAUGGCCGCCCUGCUGAGCUCCUCCAGUCCAAAAUGCACAGCGUGCCAAGAAAGCAUCAUCAAAGACAAGGUGUUUAAGGAUAAUUGCUGCAAGAGAGAGAUUCUGGCCCUUCAGGUCUACUGUCGGAAUGAAGGCAGAGGUUGUGCGGAGCAGCUGACUCUGGGACAUCUGCUGGUGCACCUAAAAAAUGAAUGUCAGUUUGAGGAACUUCCCUGUCUGCGUGCCGACUGCAAAGAAAAAGUACUGAGAAAAGACUUGCGGGAUCACGUGGAAAAGGCCUGUAAAUACCGCGAGGCCACGUGCAGUCACUGCAAGAGCCAAGUGCCCAUGAUCAAACUGCAGAAACAUGAAGACACAGAUUGUCCCUGUGUGGUGGUAUCCUGCCCUCACAAGUGCAGCGUUCAGACUCUUCUAAGGAGUGAGUUGAGUGCACACUUGUCCGAGUGUGUCAAUGCCCCCAGCACCUGUAGUUUUAAGCGCUAUGGCUGCGUUUUUCAGGGUACAAACCAGCAGAUCAAGGCCCAUGAGGCCAGCUCCGCGGUACAGCACGUGAACCUGCUGAAGGAGUGGAGCAACUCCCUGGAGAAGAAGGUUUCCCUGCUGCAGAAUGAAAGUGUUGAGAAAAACAAGAGCAUCCAAAGCCUGCACAACCAGAUCUGCAGCUUUGAGAUCGAGAUUGAGAGGCAGAAGGAGAUGCUCCGAAACAACGAGUCCAAGAUCCUUCACCUGCAGCGGGUAAUCGACAGCCAAGCAGAGAAACUGAAAGAACUGGACAAGGAGAUCCGUCCCUUCCGGCAGAACUGGGAGGAAGCGGACAGCAUGAAGAGCAGUGUGGAGUCCCUCCAGAACCGAGUGACUGAGCUGGAGAGCGUAGACAAAAGUGCGGGGCAGGCGGCUCGCAACACAGGCUUGCUGGAGUCCCAGCUGAGCCGGCAUGACCAGAUGUUGAGUGUUCAUGACAUCCGCUUGGCCGACAUGGACCUGCGGUUCCAGGUCCUCGAGACCGCCAGCUACAACGGGGUGCUGAUCUGGAAGAUCCGUGACUACAAGCGCCGGAAGCAGGAGGCCGUCAUGGGGAAGACCCUGUCUCUCUACAGCCAGCCUUUCUACACAGGUUAUUUUGGCUAUAAGAUGUGUGCCAGGGUCUACCUGAAUGGGGACGGAAUGGGGAAAGGGACACACUUGUCGCUGUUUUUUGUCAUUAUGCGUGGAGAAUAUGAUGCUCUGUUGCCAUGGCCGUUCAAGCAGAAAGUGACACUUAUGCUGAUGGAUCAGGGGUCCUCUCGCCGUCAUCUGGGAGAUGCGUUCAAGCCUGACCCCAACAGCAGCAGCUUCAAGAAACCCACCGGAGAGAUGAAUAUCGCCUCUGGCUGCCCAGUCUUUGUCGCCCAAACUGUUCUAGAGAACGGGACGUAUAUUAAAGAUGAUACAAUCUUUAUUAAGGUCAUAGUGGAUACCUCGGAUCUGCCUGACCCCUGACAAGAAAGCAGGGCGGUGGAUUCAGCAGAAGGUAACUCCUCUGGGGGGGUGAGCUAGUGUCUUCACGGAGGUCCUCGCCCUCAGAAAGGACCUUGUGGGACAGAGGAAGCAGCCGGAGGAGGAGAAGGAGGUCGAGUGGCUGGCAGGAGAGCCACAUGUGAAAACAGACCCCAACGGAUUUUCUAAUAGACUAGCCACACCCACUCUGAAGGAUUAUUUAUCCAUCAACAAGAUAAAUACUGCUGUCAGAGAAGGUUUUCAUUUUCAUUUUAAAAGAUCUAGUUAAUUAAGGUGGGAACAUAUAUGCUAAAAAGAAACAUGAUUUUUCUUCCUUAACUUAAACACCAAAAAGAGAACACAUGUGGGGGUAGCUGGAUGUGUCAGCAUGUUAACCUACGAGGAGAACUUAUGAAAUCAUAACACAAUCCCCAUAUACUCAUCCUAAAAUUCAAGAGUGCAAUCUUGUUUCAAAUAUAGUAUAUUGUCUAUUUUUAAGGCCUCAUCUGGUCUCUGUUUUAAUAAUUUGUUUGUCAGAAGACCCUGAGUAGGCAGAAGGUCUCUAAAUUCAGAAGUCAUUUUUAAUUUAAAGUUCUACAAAUAAUUGUUACUGCAAACAUUUUGUUUUAAAACGUUGAUAGACUGAUAUUUCUUGGAAGAAAAUGUAAAAUAUCAAACACUGGUUAUCACUUGUGAUAGGAAAGAGAAUAUUGAACCUGCUGUUAUUUCUCGUUAGAAAUGUAACCCUUCGAUAUCUGUCGUAGUUAGUGACACUACUUCACAAUGACUAUGAGAGGGACAAUGCUCAUGGAUGCUGUGCAUCAUUUCAGACUUAACAAUUGUUUUCACCCUAAAAUAGGGCAUUAGUUGAACUUUGGAGUUCUAAACAAAAUCCUAUAGGUUUUUACAAUUCUGCCCCAUGUUUAGACAAGCUCUGUUGCUGACAGCACCAGCCUUGGUCUCCAGUGUCGGUGUCCGGGGAUAGGCAGGUGACCCGUGCCGCAGGCAGGAGGCCCCAGCGAGCAUCCCAUCCUGUCAUACUGCUGCAUCCGGCUAGCGCGCUCCGAAAGCAACAUCCGUGCUCAGAGAUGGUGGCAUACGGUACUUGUGCCUUAGAUGUGACAUGCUGCUUCUUGUCCCUGGGUUUGCGUUCACCAUGGUUCUAGAAAGUGUCAGUUUAACCAGAUCUCUCUCCACCACCAGAACUUUGUCUCUGCCAGGGCCCUCAGGCAACUCUGAACCUGCCUGGGGAUGCCAGGCCUCCAUUGGCAGCUCUUGAAGCCUCUGCUGCUAAAUAUUCACAGAUUCCAACCGUAGGCCCCUAAGAGCAGCUCAGUCCCACUCCAAGGGAGGGAGGUGUGAGCAGAAGCCACACCCUUCCAGGUCUCUGCAAGGGCCCUGAAAUCCCCACAGCAUGAAGGAGAAGUGCCCUAGUCCCAAGCGUUCCCGAGACCACUGGUCUGGGGCCUGCCCGGGCUGGCAGCAGCAACCCUGGCCUCCCUGUGAGGAGGGCAGCCAGCUGAUGCCCAGCCUGUGAGUGCAGAGGCCCGCCCUCUCAGCUCACUGUUCCCACUGUGAUGAGAAGCCUGGAGCCCUGCCCCGGUGCCCCUUUUGCUAUGCACCACACUUCACGGUGCUCUACACUGAUGGGUGCUACACGCGACAGGUGCUUCUUAGGCAAAACCAAUGUGUGCAAACCACCACAUCUGUGCCACUUGCCCAAAAGGCGCGCCCACAAUUGGCCAGCUGGGCCUGCGCUUCAGACUGCCUGCCUCUGGGCUCUCCCCAUGGUCGCACGGGGACAGCUGGGUUGGUGCCCGGUAGCCCACCUUGUCUCUGGUGCUGCCAUCUGUCCUGGGUGUGCCUUCGCCCCAGUGCCUGCUGGAAGUGCCCUCCUCUCGCACACCUGUCCCCGUGCUUCCAUGAGCGACCUCUUGGUUUCGAGCACUCACCCUGCCCUUCCAUGGCUGAAGCGUUUGGUUUGUCCUCUGCUCCCCGCUUCUCUCCAUUAUGCUGGGAUUGCUUUGGGGUAAGUCAGCAACCUUGGUUCUGCCCACAAGGAAAGACCGCAGAGCUCAAGUUCUUUCAAAGGUGCCCUCCUCUUCCUCUAGGCCUGUCACCAGGGUUCCUCCCCCAAAGACCUGGAGUUGGGGGGAACACCCAGCAGUCCUUGGCUGGCUUCAGGAAGCUUUUCUGUGGCCAGAUGUCAGCAACGGGGCCAUCCCUGUAGCUCCCCCCUUCAGAGAAAUCAGUGCAGUAUCAACAGGUGUAGGCCAGCAGCAUCGUGUCUGACAAAAAGCAUGUCUGUCCUUAGUUUCAGACCCUUGUAUGAGGGUGACCCUGACAUGUCCUCGGGCCCGUCCUCCCUUUUAGUGAGACUUGGUCAAGGCUCCUUCCUAUGCGAGGUGGCCCUCCUGGCUUCCCCCGUGCCUGUAGGGUGUGUGUAAAGUAAGUGACUGCUCCCCUGGGAUGAGGGCCCUGAACAAUGUCACAGCUUCCUGUAGUGUGUUGUGUCUAUUGCAUUUCUCGGUAACUGUAGAAUAGUGGGCAAGCUUGCCCCUCUGUGCCCUGUCUCAGUGUGUGAAGGGCAUCUCCUGGGAGGUGUGGAGCAGGCUGCGUCCUGCCUGGGUGUGCCUUGCUCUGCUCCAUCUCAGCAUUCCUUGGUGCUCACCACCCGGGGGUGUGGGGCAUUGUUGGGCUGUGGUCUCAGCAUAGCUGUGGCUACCAGUCCUAGCAGCUAGCCCUCACCAUAUCACAGGGUCCUGGCCAUGAGAAGUAUGGGGUGUCAUGCGGCGUGUGUACCUGGCUGUGCAAAAGUGUCAAGUGCUCAUCUUUUAAGAGGCCGGUAGUUGCAUGGCCUCUGUGGGGAAAUUGGAUACAACUCCUGCUUGCCGGGGUGGUGUUUGUACCUGCUCACAGCUGACCCUGGGAAGAUGGCAGCCACUAACUAGCAGUGUGUCCUGAGGCCCAGCCUGCAGUUUUUUGUGAAUAGCUGAAAGCUUGUGUCAGUAACAACCCAGGGCCUUCCACCUUCGUUGGUCAGGGAGAAGAAGGUAGCCUGGGGUGCCCUGGCCGAGCCUCCUUCACCUCUUGGGGAUAGACAGAGCCAGCGGAGGCCACACAUGUAGGCCGCGUGUGAGAGGGAUGGGUGAGACUGUGAAUGAGUGUAACACACUGAGUGUGAGCUGGGCUCACACAGGAGAGCAGAGCCCAUGCCCAGCAUUCCAGGAAGCAAAGGGCUGUGAGAGGGUCCGCAUCCUCUUCCUUUCUAAAGUAGCCUGUGCACAGAUGGCGCCAUGUCCCUAAGACAGCACAACAGUCAGACAGCACAGCCAUGAGCUGAGGGAGGUGUCUGCUUACAGCCACCGUCCGCCUCCUUUCUUUCUCUGCUCUUUUCCCGUUUAUUCCAAGGACUGGGCAGCCUCCAGCAGGGCCUUCAGACCCACCCCCACCAGAUCCCUUUGAAAUAUGUGGUCAGCCUCAUGAGAACCUAGCUGUCAGCCCCCUGUGGAUAGCUAGCCACCUUCCCAUCCCUCCUUAGUCAGCCCCUGUCCCACCAGGAGUUGGGACCUCAUGCCUGCUAUCUUGGGCCUGACAUUAACUGAACAGUAUACAUAGCAGUCACCCACGGCAGACCUGGCAACCAGUGGACAGCAUCCAGCAAAGAUGAGGAUGUCUGGGCACGCCAAGUAACGGGGUCCUAGGUGGACCACUCCUGCCGGCCCAAGAGGAGACCAGGGGGAGUGCCAGGGUCAGCAGCAUGGCCCUUGCUGCCCCUCCCCCUGUGCACUGCCAUGCAUUGCAGGGACUUUUGUACCUGGCCAAGGCAUUUCCCCCGACAGGUGACAGGGUUGGUCAGUCCUCACUCUCCCAUACAUCCCUCUGCUUGGGAGCAUCAGUGAAUAGAGAAGGGCUUGAUGGUGCUUAGGGGACUAUUUUUUUACUUUCAAUCCAGAAGAGCUAGUGUGGGCUUCAUGCCAUCAUGUCCUGAGUGUGUGUGACAAAUGAGGGUCUGACUCUCGAAUCUCCUCAGACCAAGACUCUAUCUUCUAUUUGCACACCCAUAGCAGCUGUUUUCUCCAAGCUCAAAUGUGCCCACGGGGGUCUGAUCAGGUGAGGUGAUCAUUGGCAAGUGACCCAGCCGUUGCCAGCUCUCCCACCCCGGCUGCUGCUGCUAGCCACGAGGACUGUGGCGUCCAGGAGCCCAUCCCCCAACCUGGACCUAUCCUAGCCUGUUGUCUGCUUGGGCACCAUUACUAGGUAGGCAGGCAAGGCAGUGACCCACACCAAAGCCAGCCCUACAGCUGAGCAUGCCCCAGCACCCAAGCAGCGGGUAUGAUCCAAUUCCCUAACCGCACCACGUCUGGAGUCUGUCCUGUGAGCUCACUGUGGAAAGGAGGUUACAAGCCCAGGUCACUGUGCCACUCCAUAGUCAGUGGCGACCAGCGUGCACCCCUAAUCCCCUUAGUCACUUAAGAAAACCUUCAAAGGCAAAUAAAUGACCUAAUUGGAAAACACAAAAGCCGGCCUUCCUCCCAAGGAUUCCCUAAGAAUCUGUGGGCGCUCUGACUGAGUAGGUUGGGGUCAGUGCAGACAGCUGCAGACUGUUCUAAAGUUCCGUUCUUAUCUCUGAUGGCACACCUCUCGUGUUCAGUUCUAUUACCCAAAAAACAAAGACCAAAGAAGGCCAAUCUCUCAUUUGACCGUAUUUUUAAUCUGCCUGUUUUGACACAUGCCGUCUGUAGUAACCGCUCGCUGUGAGGCCCCAUCUUGACAGUCCAAGUGAUCGUGACCAGUGAUUAGCGUCCCGUGUUCUAAUGCUCUUCUAAGAAACUGAGACAGUGUGAAUUAUUGCUCAGCAAUAAUCAUGUCACCAGGAGUUAGCAGCACGCCUCAUCUCCUGAUAGCAUUAUGAUGUUUCGUGUUUUGUUUACCGUGUGUUACAUGUAAGGUUUCAUUUGGUAUUUAUUUGUGUUUUGAGGUCUUGCGAUGUUUCUGUUCUGCUGCUAAUAAUAAAGUUUGUAAGACUGUAGAAUGCAGAAUUUUGUAAUGCUCAAGUGUCUAUUAGAGGAAAAUAAAGCUGAUUCAAGAGUCCGG